GAACGGCAUCUUUGUGGCCCGAAGUCCUGAUAGAUCCCCCUACCCAGAAUGGCGCUUUGUAGGGGCUUUAGCACCUCCUUUGCCCAACACUUUUGUAUACUACGAUAGAACAGAUGGCGCCGGUUUUCAAGGCAGAAAUUCAAGACCCCUUGAAAACAAGGCACGUUCAAUCUUGUUGGAUUUGUAGUCACUGGUAUAAGAAAGUGUGUGCGCGCGAUAACUCCGUGCGGCAUGAAUUUCAAUUGGUGUGUACAGAGCUGCACACACAGUUGCGCAUCGGUAGGGUGCAACUGUGUGCGCAUCGCGUACACGCUAGCAGCAGGCAGGGCUGGUAAAGCGGAAUCAUGCGACGUUCUGUCAGUAGGAAUCGGGAUUUUGUGACGGUCGGACGCGUCGAGGAGUUAGCGAGUCUAAGAAAUCCCACGAAUUGUUAGCAGAGAGCUCCAAUCCGAAGGUGAAUCAAUAAAUCGGUGAAUUCUCGACGAAAACGGAGGAAUUAGCGGAUUAUUUUUUGCUCGUCUGCGGUUGAGCAUCUUCGAUCUCUAAACAGUCGUCGCAGCGGACCAACAUCCAGACUUUUGUCGAACUUGAUCGGUGCUAGUUGCACGAAACGAACAGAACGGGCGAACGGUAGAAUCUCAUUAAAGAAGAAUAAAUAAUAGAAAAAAUGGCUCACGAGAACGGUCUGAACGGUGACACCGAUUCCGAAACGGUGGAAUUGAAUCCAUUGAGGAGAACCAGAUUCCAUGUGAAUCGAGUGGACAGUCUGGAAGGUCGUGCCAGCCUUCUUGGCGAACAAGAGACCAAAAAAUCCCUUAGGCACAUGACCAGAGAGGCUCUACCCAGGCUGGACAAUUACAGGAACAUCAUGAGUAUUCAGGCUGCACAUAGACCAUCUUUGGACGAGCUUCACAAUCCCACUCUGCUUAACAAGAGUUCAGGCUCGCACACAUUGCCCAUUGCCCACGUGAAACCACCGUCCACUGGAGUGAAAUUCGGAUGGAUCCAGGGAGUGCUGUUGAGAUGUCUGCUCAAUAUCUGGGGGGUGAUGUUAUUUUUACGACUCUCCUGGGUCGUGGCGCAAGCAGGAAUAGGGGAAGCUAUUUUAUUGAUUCUAACAACGACAGUUGUUACCACUAUUACAUCGUUAUCGAUGUCGGCGAUUAGCACGAACGGGCUUAUUAAAGGAGGUGGCACGUAUUACAUGAUUUCCAGAUCGUUGGGUCCAGAAUUCGGAGGUUCGAUAGGACUUAUAUUUUCUUUAGCGAACGCAGUCGCCUGUUCCAUGUACGUUGUUGGAUUUUGCGAAAGUAUGGUGGACUGUCUAAAAUCGAACGGAGUUUGCAUCGUCGAUUGCGAUAACACGGACAUCAGAAUCAUAGGUUGUAUCACGAUAGCUUUGCUGCUUCUAAUCGUAAUGAUCGGUUUGGAAUGGGAAGCGAAGGCUCAGAUUGGUUUACUCGUUAUUCUAUUGUUAGCUAUCGUUGAUUUUAUGAUCGGCACUUUUAUUGGACCCAAAGACGAUUUGGAAAGAGCCAAAGGAUUUAUAGGAUACAAUGCUGAUCUAUUCAUGGAGAACUUUCAAUCGGACUAUAGAUACAGCGAAGGGGUGCAACAUAAUUUUUUUUCAGUCUUGGCUAUAUUUUUCCCAGCGGCAACAGGUAUCCUGGCAGGUGCGAAUAUAUCCGGUGACUUGAAGGACCCUCAAACGGCAAUUCCAAAGGGUACACUACUAGCCAUUCUUUUGACAACGAUUUCUUACCUGUUCAUGGCAUUAAUGGUAGGAGGUUCAGUUAGUCGAGACGCGUCCGGCGACGUUAAUGAUUUAUGGAACGUGUACAAUAGUUCGUACAGCGUAUUGUCGAGCUUCAAUGCGACCAACGAAACAGCUGAAAGCCCAAUUGCUACUGCUAAUCUCUUGAAUUCGAGUCAAAUUACUUGGACCGCAUACGGGACGAAAUUCAAUUGUACAGGCAACUGUACCUACGGUAGCCACAAUAGUUUUCAGGUGAUCGAAUUAGUCUCUGCGUUUGGCCCAUUCAUUUAUGCCGGAUGUUUUGCGGCUACACUGUCCAGCGCUUUGGCAUCGUUGGUUUCCGCCCCCAAAGUGUUCCAAGCACUUUGCCUCGAUGAAUUAUACCCUGGAAUAUCCUGGUUCAGCGGUGAAAAGAACAAAGAACCCAUUCGUGGUUACCUUCUUACAUUCGUAAUCGCCGUUGGUUUUAUAUUAAUUGGGGAACUGAACGCCAUAGCUCCUUUGAUCUCAAACUUCUUUUUGGCCGCCUACACUCUUGUUAAUUUUAGCACCUUUCAUGCAUCGCUGGCUAAACCGAUUGGUUGGCGACCAACGUUUAAGUAUUAUAACAUGUGGCUAAGUCUCGUGGGUGCUAUUCUCUGCGUUUCUGUGAUGUUCUUGAUCUCAUGGUGGACGGCGUUAAUCACUUUAAGCGUAGUCUUAGCACUUUAUUUAGUAGUCUCGUACAGAAAACCAGAUGUAAAUUGGGGUUCUACCACCCAAGCUCAAACGUACAAUAAUGCCUUGACCGCUGUCCAACAGUUGGACAGAGUCGAGGAACAUGUUAAAAAUUAUAGGCCUCAAUUGUUAGUACUCACUGGUAUACCAAGUACGAGAUCAGCACUGGUUGAUUUUGCACACCAUAUCACCAAGAAUAAUAGUUUAUUCAUUUGCGGUCAUGUUGUCGAGACACCGAUAUCGUAUAAAACGCGCAACUCCAUGAUCGAGAAGUGUACUUCCUGGUUCAGGGGGAAUAAAAUCAAAGCAUUUUAUUCGGUGGUGGACGGCGCAAACUUUCAAGACGGUACCACCACGCUUUUGCAAGCUGCUGGUUUAGGGAAAAUGAAGCCCAAUAUUUUAUUAAUGGGCUAUAAGCAAGACUGGGCGACUUGCCCGCGAGAACAAUUGAAUAUGUACUUUAAUGUGAUGCAUAAAGCAUUGGAUAUGCAUAUAGCGGUAGCACUUCUUCGACUAAGCGAGGGUUUGGAUUGUAGUACAACCAUAGGAGAUAAUGAUGAACAAAAAAGAAAUACAUCAACCACGUUACCAGGAAAUCAAAGCUUUUCACAACUUAGUCAAGCAAGUAGUACAUCGGACAUUUCAAUUCCUGGUAGUCCCGCGCCCAGAAGAUCGAAAGUGAUCAACGAGUAUCCUAAUCCAACUACAGAAGAUCAACGCGAAAAUCGACAGACUUUUAUACCAAUAGCGAAGGAUAUACUUAACGUUGUAACGAAAUUCCAGCGUAAACAGAAAAAGGGUACCAUAGACGUAUGGUGGUUGUACGAUGAUGGUGGUUUAACCCUUUUAUUACCCUAUAUCAUUAGCACAAGACGUAACUGGUCGAACAGUAAAUUGAGAGUGUUUGCUCUUGCAAAUAAACAUUCUGAAUUAGAAUAUGAACAAAGAAAUAUGGCGAGUCUUUUAUCAAAAUUCCGAAUAGAUUAUUCGGCAUUGAAAGUUAUACCAGACAUAUCGAAACCAGCACAGGAGAGUACGAAGAACUUCUUCAAUUUAUUAAUAGAAAAUUUCCAGCAAACCGAAGAUCCAAAAACGACAGACGAUGAUAUGAUUAAAGAUUCUGAAUUACUCGCUAUGAAAGAAAAAACGAACAGGCAUCUACGUUUAAGGGAACUACUGCUUGAGAAUUCGACAGAAGCCAAUCUAGUUGUCAUGACAUUACCAAUGCCUCGAAAGGGUGCUGUAUCAGCGCCUCUUUACAUGGCCUGGUUAGAGACUCUAACGCGCGAUAUGCCACCAUUCUUACUCGUUCGAGGAAAUCAUACGUCCGUUUUAACUUUUUAUUCUUAAAAACAUAAAGAAUAAUGGGAACAUUCAUAUUCAGAAAGAAUCGUUCAUUUUUUAAAUUAGUUGAAUCGUUGUAUCAAUGACUUAAACAUCAUAGACACGCAAAUAAGUGAAUGAAUGAAUAAUAAGAAAGCAGCAAGUGAUAUAGGAUAUUAUAGUAUGAUUGGUGUCUUUUUACGUGAAAAAGGUACACGUGUCUGAAUGAGUUAAUGUCCAAGAAUGCAUGUUUACCAAGAACCAAUAUAUAUUCGGAUACAAAGAAUGCAGCAUGACUGUAUUAUUUUUUUAAUAACACGUUUGCUAUAACAAUCGUUCCUAAAUUUCGAACCAUUAAAUAUAAAAGAAUAACUGUUUCUCUAUUAGAAAUACUUAAAAUAAACCACGAUACCAGAUAUCCAAUUUCAAUAAUCCUCAAAUAAAAUGUUCAGCAUGUUUGCUUAUAAUUAUUCUAAAUUUUAGCAAUCACUAGUUUUAAUAAUUGUAUUUAUUUCAUUUCCUAAACAGGAUGAUCGACAAUCAUUACAGUUUAAAUAAAAUUAUUUCAAUGCAAAUAAUUUGAAUAAUUAUAAGCAAAUAUAAACUUUUAUAUCUCGCGUAUUUCUGAAAAACAAAAAAUACUAGUCCUAAUAUUGAUAUUAAAAUUGAUAUGUAUUUGUAUUAGGAGAUAAAAUUAUGUAUAAAAUUUUGAAUCUCGAAUGCAAUACAGGUCCUUCAUUAUAUUGUUCAUUCGUACAAAGUAUUGCAUACGUUUUGUGAAAACAUUUUUUGAAUAAAUCAACUAUUUUAUUAAUUAUGGUAAUAUCGAGUAUACUUAUAUACGUAUUAUCGUUCACGUGGGUUAGGGUAUUAAUUGAUAAGAACUAGACUAUAACGUCUAGCAUUUAACUUUUAUUUUGCUUACAGCUUCGUAGCCUUACACAUUUCGAAAAAAAUGCAAAGGAAUUAUAAUAGAAUAGUAUUAAACCUAAUGUUACAAAUGACGAAACAUUUGUCGAAAAGCUUUUUUUUUAAAUACAAAAUUCAUGGAAUUAAUAUAUUUACAUAUUAAAAAAGGAUUCUUAUUGAAAAAGAAGAAAUGCUCGAACUUGAAACAUGUAUAUCAAAAGAUAUAAAAGUAUGAGUAAAUCACUUAAAUAUUGUCAUGACUUUUAAAAAUAUAAAAAAAAUUGUUCAUACGUCUUCAUACUGCAAAUUGUGUUAAUAUUUUAGACAUUGUAAAUUUGCCAAAAACAUUUCAAGCUUAUCUUAAUAUAUACUGUGUAUAUAUGAAAUCUAUUAUUAUACAGAAAUUUUAUUUUUUCUGUUUUGUAGACUCUUAAUCAUGUAACUUUGCUAUAAUGUGAAUCAGCACAUUAACUCUUAACUAGCAGUGCUUUUAUAUAUCAUUGAAUUAUAGAAGAACUCUAUUCAAAUAGGUAGCUGAACACGUUUUAUAGACUAGUAGCAAAUGCAUUCAAGGGUAUCAGAAUACUGACAAUUAAUUUCUAAUAAUUGAUUCUUAAUUACGUAACGGAAAAUAUCAAAAGUAGAAGACAUUAACUACAUAUAAUGUCAUAUCUUAUUAAAUUUUAUGAUUUUGUUCGUUUUGUGCUAUAUUAAAAAUUUGUUUUGAUUUAGUUGUAUAAUUUACGAAUUAACUUUUUUUUAUAUAUUUUGUGUCUUUAUAAAAAAGUAAUUUUGUGCAAUAUGAAUUAUUAAUAUUAGACUUUGAUAAUGAAUUAAUUGGAUGGUAAGAUCAAUAGUACGAUAUUAAAGCAAUUAUUAAAAAUAAAUAAAAAAAAAAAAAAAAAAA